AUGUUGACUGAUUUUUUAUUAGAUCAUUAUUUAUAUUUGAUUACAAAUUACAUUUUUAAGCGAAUAUUACUUUUGCAGUAAACUGUACAAUAAUAGUGCUAAAAAUGAAAAUGGAUGCAAGACGUAUAUACCUGCAUGCGUAAUCGUAUCGUGAUAAAGCUUACAAGUUCAGGAGGGAGAUAAGAAAAAUUUAUUUACAUAGAAAUGUGAAUCAUGAAUCAUCAUCAUCAAGUUCAUUAUAUUGAACUUGUAGCAUUUUUCCACAACAUAAGUAAAUAAUCACACAUUAGAUGGAUUGUUCUGGGAAGCAGUAAACGUUUAACGAUAUCUGAUAUUAAAGUCGCGCGUUUAAAUUAAUACAUUGUGUUAGACUGCAAUUACACAACGACUACGGAUAAGUGCAAGAGUCUAUACAACAUUGUAAGCCUUAAAUACAUAAUAAAUGUAUGUAUGUGUGUGUUGAUGUCACACAUUUUCUCAAAGAAUAUGUGUGUGCUUCAAACGAGUCUGGAGGAGCACCAUGAGAGAGUGGGAGUGAGGUUUGUCUGGGCGUCUGGUUUCCAACAAAUUUGCUCACCCAAGUACACUUGCGAGCUACAAGGAAGGAUCAGUCAGAAUUCAUUAGUUGUACAGUUAAGUGACGAAGGAAAUUUAAAAAUGACUCUCGGAGGAAGGGUCUUCGUUCUGGCGUUCUUCGUUUAUCUGUCGCGGUUACCAUCGUUUGUGAACGCGACUACAGUAUCGGGAAAUUGCCCGUCGUUCAGUAGUUCCAUGACGCAAACGGAACUUUUGCAAGAAUUGGCGAACGAAUGUCGUUACGAUAAAAUGGUCAGGCCACCGGGAGUGAUUAACGCUACGGAUCCGAUCAGGAUUUACACGAAAGCCUUUGUCUACACAAUAAAGUCCAACAUGGCCAAAACUCUGCAAUUUGACGUGCAUCUGAUGCUGCAAUUCCGAUAUCUUGAUAAACGACUGAAAUUUUCGGACAUAGCUCCUUACAUGACUCAAAUUUACGGUGGUCAAAACGCUCACGCUCUGAUCUGGACGCCUACCGUAUACGUCGCGAAUGAACGUACCUCGGCAGUGAUGGGUAGCGGUGUCAAGGACCUGCUCAUCUCCAUCAACCCUCACGGCGUGGUUAUUUUAAAUACGAGACUGGAAGCGACACUUAAUUGCGGCCUCCAUCUGGAAAAAUUCCCGUUUGACGUGCAAGAAUGUCCACUGGUUUUCGAAAGCUGGACUCAUAAUGUGAAUGAAAUGGUAUUGGACUGGGACAAGGAUCCGAUUGUCAUCGCGAAUAAUUUGUAUCUGACAGAGUAUAAGCUCAUCGACACGUGGGUGAAUCGCUCCGGGGUAUCCUACAGCUCGUGGCAAUAUCAUUACGGCCAUUUCGCCGGAAAUUUCAGCGCAAUAAGUAUAACAUUUAAAUUAGCACGCGAAAUGGGAUUCUUCAUGAUGGAUUAUUAUGUGCCAUCUAUACUAAUCGUAGUAAUUUCUUGGGUAUCAUUCUGGUUGCAUCAAGACGCGAGUGCGCCGCGAAUAGUUCUAGGAACGAAUACUAUCUUGACGUUUAUGACACUCGCCUCGAAAGUGGGAAAUUCGUUGCCAAAAGUCUCUUACAUAAAGGCAAGUGAGAUUUGGUUUUUAGGCUGCACGAUAUUUCUGUUUGCGGCGAUGGUCGAGUUCGCCUUCGUUAAUACCAUAUAUCGAAGAAAAAAAAAUGUACCGUUAAAAAAGGUCAACAGCAAAUAUAUCCUUAAGUCUACUUUGACGCCACGAUUAGCGCGAAAGCAAUUCCAGAAAAAUACAUGCGGACUGGAACGAUCGCGAUCGUGGUCGUCAUUAGAAAACACAAAUACGAACAGCGAGCAAGACUUUACGAGUCAAAAUUAUCUCACCGUACACAGUUUUCCGAGCACACUCAACAUCCCAUCAGUGAGAAUAGAGGAGGAUAAGGAUCCGGAUCCGGAUCCUUGUUGUGUCGGCAGCAUCACGACCAUCGACAGCGGUACCCCACCGCCUAAGCCAUUUCCACGCAGACCGACUCUCGCCAAGCUGCAUAAUUUCACAACGAUGACACCGCAAGAAAUCGCUCAGUGGAUCGACAAGCGCAGCAGAAUAAUGGUGAUGCUGGAGGAUCAAGACGGUGAUAAGCAAAAACGUGCGGCACCGCGACAGUAUCUUUACGACAUAGUUUUCGGAGAGAACUCUACCCAGGAAGAGGUCUACGAAGAGACGACGAAAAAUUUGGCGCAAGAUGUUCUCAAUGGUUACAACGCCACCGUAUUUGCGUAUGGUGCGACAGGCUCGGGAAAGACGCAUACAAUGGUAGGGACGUCAUCGAAUCCUGGGAUCAUGGUACGUGCUCUGAAUGACAUUUUCUUAGCGGCCAAAAAAUUACCGGACGACGCGAAAUUUACGGUAACAAUGUCAUACAUGGAGAUUUACAACGAGAACAUUCGCGAUCUUCUGAAUCCCAAUUCGGGAUACCUGGAUCUACGCGACGACACGCGGGGUCGUAACAUUCAGGUCUCAGGAUUGACGGAAAUCUCCACCAAUUCGACCGAAGAAGUUAUGCAGCUGUUACACAGAGGUAACAAAGCGAGGACGAUAGAACCAACAGCCGCGAAUAAAACCUCAUCGCGAAGUCACGCACUCCUUAGCGUCACGGUCAGACAGUCUUCUCACUCGAUCCAGGAUAGUGAUAAGUGUCUGCACACUAAAAUAAAGCAAGGAAGAUUAUUUAUGAUCGAUCUCGCCGGAUCCGAGCGAGCGAAGCAAACCAAAAACAAAGGCAAAAGGCUGCAAGAAGGUGCGCAUAUUAAUAGAUCUCUUCUAGCGCUAGGCAAUUGCAUCAACGCGCUAUCCGGUGGUGCGCGAUAUGUAAAUUAUCGCGAUUCCAAGCUCACGCGGUUGCUGAAGGACACCCUAAGCGGCAAUUGCCGAACUGUCAUGAUCGUCCACGUGUCGCCGUCGAGCGCGCAUCGCGACGAAAGCAAGAAUACCUUGAUGUAUGCGGAUCGCGCCAAUAGGAUCUCUAAUAAGGUCGAGCAGAAUGUGCUGAACGUCAGUUAUCUGCACGUCACGCAGUACCACGACAUAAUCAGCGAUUUGAAGAACGAGAUCUCGCGUCUGCGAAACAAGAUGAAAGGUGACAGACCAAAGAGGAAGGAAUCGGAGGAGAAAAUGUCAGAUAACGCGCACGACAAUGAUUUCAGAUCAUUAAGGGAGAAGAUCGUGUUUGCUUUUAAGGAACAGAUGCGUCUGAGGAGAAAGUUAAUGGAGCUGGACAGUCAUUUACUGGGUCUGAAUAUCGCUGCCGAACAGCAACAUUCCAUAAUCUCGCAUUGGGAAUCGAAGAACAAUAGGGUUUAUGGAAAAACGCAGGAUUCCGAGACAGGUCGUCCAGACACGGACUACCAAGUGGAUGAAACAGACGACGUGGAUCUCUUAAAGGACGAUCUGGAAGAUGAUGCGGCCAUACAACAAGCGUGGACGGAAUUGACGGAGAUCACGAAGGAGCGGGAGAGAUACACCGAGAUGCGCAUCGUCGCGGAGAAAGAACUCGAGAUAUGUCGAAAACGCAGCGCUGAACUCGAAGAUGAAUUGCCGUUGCGUAUCAACUCGGACGAGGAACGGGAGCUGUUGGCGUUGAUGCUGCGAGUCCACGAGCUCGAGGCGGACAAAAUGAUGUUGCAGAGCGAGAGGCUGGUUAAACAGCACGAGCUUAGACGUCGCGAGUUGCUGCUGCUUCGUUACGAUCGACAACGGCAGAUCUCCGAUGAAAUCAUCACCAGGCAACGGCGGAUCAUGGAAAAUGGCCGUCUGGCGCUGCCGGCCGACCUGCAGAAUCUUUAUGCUUUGUAUCAGCAAGAGAUUCAGGCCGCGACGUACAUCGACAGCAGCCUCGGCGAUCUCGUCGUGUCUCCGACUGUAUCGUCGUUCAGUCGCGGAAGAUUGCCGCCUAUAUCCAGCAGACUCAGCUAUAACAAUCUCAGCAGCGACAUGAGAAUAGCCAGCAGUUCCACGGAUUCCGAUUGGGACUCGCCAUUACCGCCGAUUCACGAACCGCAAGAGGAAGCGGAGCACGUGAUGGGACCAGUAGUACAACCGUUGAUUUCUCCGGCCGCCUUAUUUCCGCCGAUAUCGGCGGCGAACUCGCGAAAUUAGUAAGAAAUUUCCACCUCAUUCACAUGACAAUUAAUACACAUACAUAGGAUAUUGCAUACUAUGUAUACAAGAGAACGCACUCAAAAAAGGCGUUUUUUCAAAAAACAGCAUUUUAUUAAUUCAGAGAACGGCAGAGAGCUUUAGCUGCUUUAAUUAUAUAAAUUUAUAUCUAUCUUAUAUAUUCUCUUUCUCUUGUUUCUCUGUCUAUAUAUCUUGUUUUAUAUACUCUUAUUAAUCCAAUUCUUCAUUUCUUUUACAUCAGCGACAAGAAACUUCGUCGAAUAGCGAGCGACGACAACAUAAAAUCGAUGCGAUUCGCGCACAAUGACGAUGGUCGUUACAAGGUUUCUCGAGCGAGAAGUGAUGAU